AUGGUGUACACCAUGAAAAUAUACAUCGACGGAGGCUGUAGAGGAAACGGCCAACCAGGAGCCGUCGGUGCAGCAGCUGCCGUAUUCGAAGGAAAAUACGGACACCAACAAACCUGGACCCGGUACCUCCCCGACUAUCCACCACCAACCAACCGACGCGCAGAAAUCACCGCCGUCAUCAUCGCCUUCGAGCAAGCCCUCGAAAAAUAUCACAACCUUGACGGUAGCCCCUACUUGGACGUCAAGAUCUACACUGAUUCCAAGUAUGUGAUUGGAUGCAUGACCGAUUGGGUCUACAAGUGGUGUAGGAAUGGGUGGAUCAACUCUGCUGGAUACGAAGUCGCCAAUCGCGAUCUAAUCCAAGAGGCUUCGGACUUGGAUGAUCGGCUGAACGAGGAGGGUAAAGUGACGUAUAUUUGGAUUCCUAGAAGUGAGAAUCAGGAUGCAGAUGAUGCUUGUAAUGACAGGAUGGAUCAGGGAUACUAA